GCUAGUAAACAACGACAACCAAGUGCAAUUUUAGCACCACAAAACAUCGCCCAAUCCGCCUACCGAGGACGCCCUUCCCGCCUGGGCCUUUUCUUUUGCAACCGACGACAACAAUCCGCUUCAUCUCUCUCUUUUCCUAUGGAGAUUUCCUUCUCGUAACGGCUAACUUUUGAUCUUUUCCUCUGCUUCUCCCCUCCCCCCUGCGUGUAUCACGUUGCCCCCGGACAACGACACACGAUUCUCUCUCCCUUAGGGUGGCUCACCAAGAGACCCUCCAUACCAGUGCCCCUCCAGGCCCUGAGGCGACUACCUACACAACGCAGCGGCCUUGACACCCACACCCCACCAACAAAGGCCACCCCGAACCUCACGAUUGCCUUUGCCCUCGAUCAGUAGGCGAAUCGAUUCGAUUUAAUUCUUGCGACCUCCUCCCGCCUUGAACCCUCGCUUUGUCAAUCUCCGGUACAUCGCAAUCAUGGAGAACUACCAGAAGCUUGAGAAGAUCGGUGAAGGCACUUACGGUGUCGUCUACAAGGCCCGCGACCUCCUCAAUGGCGGUCGCAUUGUGGCGCUGAAGAAGAUCCGCCUCGAAGCCGAGGACGAGGGCGUUCCCUCCACUGCCAUCCGCGAGAUCUCCCUCCUCAAGGAGAUGCGCGACCCCAACAUCGUCCGCCUCUUCAACAUCGUUCACGCCGACGGUCACAAGCUCUACCUCGUAUUCGAAUUCCUCGAUCUUGAUCUCAAGAAGUACAUGGAGUCUCUGCCCGUUGCCGACGGCGGCCGUGGCAAGGCUCUGCCCGAGGGCAGCUCCGAGUACUUGGGCCGUCUCGGCCUCGGCCCGACCGUUGUCCAAAAGUUCAUGUGGCAGCUCUGCGACGGCGUCCGCUACUGCCACUCCCAUCGCGUCCUUCAUCGCGACCUCAAGCCCCAGAACCUGUUGAUCGAUAGAGACGGCAACCUGAAGCUGGCCGAUUUUGGUCUCGCGCGCGCCUUCGGUGUGCCCCUGCGCACUUACACCCACGAGGUCGUCACCCUGUGGUACCGCGCUCCGGAGAUUUUGCUUGGUGGACGCCAGUACUCGACCGGUGUCGAUAUGUGGUCCGUCGGCUGCAUCUUCGCCGAGAUGUGCACUCGCAAGCCCCUCUUCCCCGGCGAUUCCGAGAUUGACGAGAUCUUUAAGAUCUUCCGCACGCUCGGUACGCCAACCGAGGAUGUCUGGCCCGGUGUCACCUCGUACCCCGACUUUAAGAGCUCGUUCCCCAAGUGGAUCCGAGACGAGUCUUUGCCCCUGUGCACGAGCCUCGACGCCGAUGGCCUCGAGCUCCUCGAGAUGAUGCUGGUGUAUGACCCGGCCAGCCGCAUCUCGGCCAAGGGUGCCUGCAACCACCCGUACUUCGAGUCCUACCCCGACCAGAGUGCUGGUCAGACCACGAGAAGCAGCCGCGCCAACGAGCGCACCAACGGAUACUAUGGCAACUAGGAGUUCCCCAUGACCACGAACGCGGCCCCCGUGCAGAAUCGACGCUUCGACUACUUCUGAGAUGCCACCUUGGGAACCUGCAGCAUGCGAUUCAGCGGCAGGCAGGGGUGGUGUCUCUGGAGGACCGAGACCUGGGACAAACAGCAUGCUCUUUAUGACUCAGUAUCCUAUGUGCUUUCCAGGAUACCGAGAGGGGAUGUCUUGUCUUUUUCUUGUUUUUUUGUCACUGUGGGUGGUCCCCUUCACACAACAGACUUUUUCACGUUUCUAUCGCCAGGGGACAGAUGAUUUGGGGGGGGGGCUUCAUGAGAGGUAACGGGAAGCGUUUGCAACCAAACGACAACACAAUACCCCCUGAGAUGCGACUGUGCCGAGUCACUCAGACUCGUUGUCCGGCAGUCAGACGUUGCCAUGGCACAAUGGGGUGUCUUCUGCCACAUUGCGGUUGGCCCAGAACACAUUACACAUCGUGGGACUUAUGACCACUCGUUGAUAGUUCCUUCUUACACCAGACACGCAAGGGAGGCAGCCGGCCCAAAGAGAACAACCCACGAAAAGAAUCCCCCCUCCCAUCCCAAGCAAACGGGAGAAAUCCGACUUCUCUAAUUUCAUUUGUCGUAAAUCUUAAUGUACGGAGUAAAGAUGAUGCAUACGGUCGGUGUCGGUAGGGCAGGUUAAUGGAACAAAAAGACACGUUUGGCAUUCUGCCUGUUUUCCCGCAAUACCACUUUUUCAGCUGUCA